AUGAUGAUAUUGGACAAACACGAUCCAUCAAUGAAAAUUCAGAAGUUUGAAGACAUGGCAGUUGUCCCAGAAGCUGAUUCUUCAUCAAAUGAGCUAACGAAAGGAGAUGUUAUAUUGGAGAUCGAUGGAGAGUGUGUCACUGUUCCAACCUUUGCCAAUGAGAAAAUCGCGAAUAGAAUUUUGGAGAAUGACAGAGUUAUACUGUUUGUUGAAAGAGCUGUGUCUGAAGAAGCGAAGAAAUGGACUGACUCUGCACUGAAAUCAGCUCAAUCGCUCAAUUUCGAUUUCCAGAAGAGUAAACGAGGCCCAGUCCCUCCCAUUCCUUCGUCUUCUGUAGCUAUUUCCAACACCAAGAAGCCAUCGAAUUCUCUUUCAGUCGUCAAAAAACAAUUGGUUGGUCAAAAAGUCGGACAUCAGAAUGGAUCAAAGAAAAAAGCAACUGGUCAAACAUCAGAACCGCUUAUUCUGAGCCAGGAUUCAUCAAUGGCAAGCAGUUCCAAUUCUUCCACAUUCUCUUCAGAAUCCCAACACACUCAGGAGAACAUAUUUAAUUCCAGGAGCGCGGUGAUAGAGAGUACAGUGGAAACUGGGACAAGUGAAGACAGCGCCUCACAAGAUCUGAACUGUUUAUUCUCUCCAUUGGAAAAUGAGCUACCGCUAGUCAAGAUCCUCCUUCGAAGGGGCAAUCAAGUUACCAGAAAAUAUCGACAAUAUUCGAAUAGAUGGUGUCUGGAGCAACAUUAUCAACACACGAUCCGGAAAUGGUGUGAUUCUGAAAUUAAAAACGAGAGAUCUCAAGCUGAUUCAAUCGCAUGUGAGGUCUAUCACGAUCUCUCCUCUGAUGUCUUCCAAAGGUUCGAUAAUAAUUAUGAGACCGACUAUGGAAUGUUCAUGCAAGAACUUGUCAUGGAAUCAUCAGAAUCAACAAUUGCGACUUCCGAAGGAGCUACACUGGAGAUUAAAAUCCCAUCUGAAGUCUCAAAAAAAAUCAGAUUAGAUAUUAAUGUUGACAGGACAAUAGUCUCAGUAUCGUCCUCCGGAAGCUUUGAUAAAUUGAUGAGAGGAGACGUAAUUAAACGAGUCAAUGAUGAAGAGUGUACCACGAUCCGCGAUUAUCUUCGAUGCAUUCAGAAGAAGACACCGAUCAGAAAAUUCUUUAAUUUGAUUUCCGGAAGAGUAAACGAGGCUCAGUCGAUCCCAUUCCCUCCUCUUCUGAAGCUAUUUCCAACGACAAGAAAACAUUCUGUUUCAGCCGCCAGAAAAGAAUUGACUGGUCCGAAAAUGUCGAGUCUCGAUCGAAAAGUAGAGUCUAGUAAUCGAACACUGAAUGCUCUUUAUCGACUCAUGGCCGACAGAAACUCGUUGACAAUUUCUCCGUCACCUCCAGCAUUGAUAAGUAGACCAGUGUCACCUGCUAACUGUUUAUCACCAAGAGAUCAAUUGUCUCCAACAAGUAUCAGCAGUCAAAGGUCAGGAUCUCCCAGUUAUACACUGGAUCCGAAUGGAUUGCAUUGA